AAAAAAAAAAAAAAAAAAACGAACCCCCGCAGGGAUGCUGCCUCGCGGGGAAGUUCUCAUUGUUCGAGCUGGGAAAUUAUCGUCGCAAAUUAUUGAAAAUGUUUCGAUUUGGCGAAAUGUUAAUUGACGACACAAGAGCGACCCCCCACCCUUUAAGAAGACGGGGUCAAGGUUCACAGGAAGCUGGGGGGCUGCCAUUUUUCCCCUGCUACUGCUAAUGUUUAACGGUAGAUGCUAAAACGACGGGAGGGGCUGCUCGGUUUAGGUUUUUUACAGCUAGCUUGUUUCGGAAUCUUAGCGCCCGUUUAGCCGUUUCUCUCGUCUUUGUCGUCAACAACUCUUGGUAUUUGAUGAAUUCGGCAUGGAGAAAGUAGCAGAGCCGUCUUGGACUUCUUCCUACACCUAUCAGGUGAGCAAGCACAGUGCGGAGAUGCUACACAACCUCAACAUUCAGAGGAAAGAUGGAGGCAGGUUCUGCGAUGUGAUCCUACGCGUCGGAGAGGAGAGCUUCCCCGCGCACAAAGCGGUGCUGGCCGCGUGCAGCGAGUAUUUCGAGACGGUGUUCAGCCGCCAGACGGACGGUGAUGGGGACGCCAAGGAGCUGGAGAUGCACACGAUUAGCCCCAAAGUUUUUAAGGAUAUCCUGGACUUCGCGUACACCUCCAAGAUCGUCGUUCGCUUGGAGUGUUUCCCGGAGCUGAUGACAGCCGCCAAGUUUCUGCUGAUGCGGUCGGUCAUCGAGAUCUGCCAGGAGGUGAUCAAGCAGUCCAACGUGCAGAUUCUCGUCCCGACCACCCGGGGAGGAGACGCCAGCCUCUUCCAAGCCAGCGGGGCGAUCGAGCUGGGCUUCCCGGUGCCUCACCAGGAUCUGGUGAACGGAGCGGAAAUGCUCUUGAACGGUCAGAGUUUUGCCGGCAGCGCGCACAUGCAUGCGGGGGACCACGGCGACCCAGCAGCCGUGAUGCUGCAGGACGGGGGCGAGUCCUCGGUGCCCAUGCUGGAGCCCGUGGAGGGACUCUCCGUCUCCCCAUCAACGGAGAUAACGGCGCAUCCCGACGCUGGCUCCCCGGGAUCGAAGAGGGGGAGGGGGCGACCAAAGAAAGAAAGUCUUCAUUUCAACCACAACAAUCAGAAACACGGCGAGCUGUUUCCUUGCGGGGCGUGCGGGAAAGCCUUCACGGAGGCGUCGCGUUUGAAGAACCACGAAGCGCAGCACGGAGCCUCGUCCGGGGGCAUGAACAGCCUGACUGACAGCCUGUCAGCCGCGGGGGGGUUCUCCUUACUGUCACUGGAAAACAGCAUCCAGCUCCCGGGGGGCUUGGCGCUGGACAACGGGCGCAAACGGGAGAGGACCAGGCGGCACGUGGGCUGUGAGAUUUGCGGGAAGGUGUUCCGUGACGUGUACCACCUGAACCGGCACAAGCUCUCGCAUUCCGGCGAGAAGCCGUACGCGUGUCCCGUGUGUGGGCUGCGGUUCAAACGCAAGGACAGGAUGUCGUACCACGUCAGGUCCCACGACGGCUCCGUGGGCAAACCGUACGUGUGCCAAAGCUGCGGGAAAGGAUUCUCGAGACCAGACCAUCUGAAUGGGCAUAUCAAGCAAGUACACACAACAGAGAGACCCCACAAGUGCCAGAUUUGCAAUGCCUCCUUUGCAACAAGAGAUCGCCUUCGCUCACACCUUGCUUGCCACGAGGACAAAAUCCCCUGUAAAGUUUGUGGAAAGUUCCUGCGAGCUGCCUACAUGACGGACCACCUCAAGAAACACAGCGAAGGAACUCACAACUACUGUGGCAUUUGCAAUAAAGGUUUCUCCACUGCAUCCUACCUUAAGGUGCACAUAAAGACACACCACGGCUCCCUUCUUUCCCCCACUGCCACAAUGCACACCUUCCCUGAGCCAAGGGGGGAUCUGCAGAUGCACAGCGGCACCCCUUACUUCAUGGGACACCAGUGCUCAGUGGAAGACGGACAGGAAGAUGACAGGAAAUGCCCUCAUCUGGAUUCAGAGGAAUCCGACGCCUCCUUCAGGGAAAUGUCCAACGGCGACGAGUUAAAAUCUCCCCACAAAUCCGACGGACCCGAGCAGGACAUGUCCUCUUUAGACUGCAACGGCGCUCCCGCGGGGCUGCUGGCGUCUCCGGACGGCUCCAAAUCCAAGGCGGAGCCCGAGAAGAGGUUCAGCUGCGAAAUCUGCGGACAGGCUUUCCGCACCAAGUCCUACCUCAACAAGCACCAGCACAGAGUUCACAAAGCCCAGAGGACCCACGGGGUCUCGGGGUCCGGGCUGAGUGACAUGGCCUCCUCUCUGACUUCUCCGUUCUCCCUUCAGCAGAACAUGUCGCUCCUGGAGUCCUUCGGCUUUCAGAUAGUCCAGUCCGCGUUCGCCUCCUCGCUCGUGGACGCCGAGGCGGGCCAGAGUGGCAUCGACUUUGGAGGAAAGUGACUUCAGCCUUUCAUUUGUAGGACAAAUGUCGGUGGCCAACAGAAGAUGGUCCAUCUGGAAAUAACUUUGCCUCAAGACUCUUUUUCUGUUAAUUUAAUGCGUACUUUUGUCAAAAAUGGCCAUAUAAGUCCUAUUUUUUCCUAGUUUUUCAAAGUAUAAAAAGGGUAUUUCGACUGUACUUCUUUUCUCUUUAAGAAAUGACAUGAAGAUCUUUCUUGUAACGGUUAUUUGUUCAAAGUUGAGCUUUAUUUCUUUAUUUCUGGGCUUUCCCAGUGAUCUUUGGGAAGAGGAGACUCCGGUCAGGUUUCCCGUUUAUCCUUUCUGGACUGGUUCACCUUUAGAUUAAAAGGAGGGCUUCGACUUUUGUCAUUUCUUUUUUAUCGGUGAUGAAGAAAGCGCCUCGUGUUUGUCAGAGAAGUGAUGAUGAAAUCUCAUAUUCCAGCAGUUUUUCCGUCUGCCUCAUUCAGAAAGCCAGUAUUUCUGGCCAUCCAGUUGCCUUGGUAACCGUUGGAGACCUUGACAAUUAAUUGUUUUUCACAGUGUUGGUAUUUCGAAGCACUUCUGUUAAAAAAAUCCUUUUCAAUGUUUUGUUUUGAUAUUUUUAAAUUCAGUUGAACUUGAAUCGCCACGGCAGAAAUGCGUAAUUUUGAUAACAAAUCUGUCCUGAAAUGUUU